GAAAACAUGUGUGGUUAUUUCAGCAGUUUCCGUAGACGCAAGCAUUUUCCAAACUACGGGCACACAAGAUAUUUGAUUGCAUGUUUUGAGGCAGCAGGAAUAAGAACAACAUGACGAUCUCAGUCAACUUCGCUUUGCUCUUUUUUGUGGCGACACAAGAUUUUACAAGCUGUGUUAAUGUGACGUCAACUUGGAAAAUCUUGAAUGUAACGUUCAGGGAGUCUCUAACAUUAAACUGCACUUACAAUUGCUCUAUUGGAUUUGUUCGUGGCUGUUGGAGUAAAGUAAAUACAUUAAAAUCCGGAGGCUAUUCCCCAUGUCUUGGAAAUACCAGCAAAAGCAGUUGCACAACAUCCCUUCAUCUGUCAAAUAUGUCUACUAAAGAUCACAAUGAGGAGUUCAUUUGCUACACACAACAUACAGAUGACCCUCAAGUACCACAAAAACCAGUGCUCGGGGUUGUUCUGCAACAUAAAGCUCAAACAAGUGUUAUCCCAAAGACUGCAACUAAAAAUGCUUCUAUUCCUGCUGAGCAAAAUGAGUCAAGUGGAGACAAUUCAAUUAUUCUUCAAGGUUUGCCGGGGGAAUUUACUGGAAUUAAGGUUUUAGCCACAGUUACCGUUGCUGUGGCCAUGGUGCUUGCAGCUUUGGCCGUUUUCCUGUGUCUGAACCGGAACAGAGAGUGCUGGCAUGAUAAAGGGGAGCCUGGUAGGUCCAUGUCAGGCUCAGCACUACCUCUUCACGCUGUCCCUUCGCCAGUGAAGGCGACAUUGUCAAAACAAAGUGAGAGAGUGACUUUAAGGAUUCCUACACCAGAUAAUGAAAGCGACACAGAGGUUCCGUAUGCUGACAUAACGAUCGCUGUACGAGGUAUCAGUACACCAGAACUCACUCAGGUCGGCUAUUUAACCCCUGGUGAUCAAAAAGAGUGGUGGGGAGAUGAACCAAGGUCUCACCUGCAGGCCUCCCGUUCAGCUGACAGACUGCAUGUCCCUCAGUCAAGGGAGGUCAGCCGCAAGAUGAGUACCAACUCUGAAUAUGCAGUCAUCACAUAUGCCUGACUGAGGUGGCUUCUGCAGAAAGGAGAGAGGGAGAAGAACAUUUUUUAAAUAUGUCUAAUAGGCUUUAUCUGCAAUACUUCUCAACGUGUUCUUAUUAUUUCGUUUUUAAUGUUUUAAAUGUCUGUAAAAAAAAAAAGGCAUUAUAUCCAAUAAAGCUAUUCAAUCAAA